AUGGGGGCGUUGCUUCGCCUGCAGCCUGAAUACCUCCCCAAGGCCCAUACACCCAAGUCGUCUGCCAACUCAUGCUUCGUGUCAGCGGGGUUGUAUGCAGGUGUGUUUCUCGGGUCUUUGAUCCUGUGGCGCCGCGAGCAUCAUGGAAAAGGCAGCAGCAUUGGCGGCUUCAAGGACGUGGCGCCGUUCGAGUUGUUUGGCACGACGUUGAUUUACGACGACAUUGAAGACACGGAGGAGGUGGAGCCUCUGGUGGCGGCGGACACGGCCAGUCUGAAAAAAGCCAUCCAGCAACAACGUCGGGUGCCGAGUAGUCCGUCGAUCCAGCAGCUGUAG